AACCUGCUGCGAUCAUUCUUUGCUGCACUACACUGAACGUUUGCUGGCUUUAUCCCGGGAGGUGCAUGGACAGAUGGGGAGCUUUGGACUUCGGCUUUCUGGCAUUCUGAAGACGUAGGAUGACAUUUGUUUGUUACAUUCUAAUUUACGUAUUUGGUCAGUUUCCUUGGUCUGUGCGGGCACUCCCCCUAUUUAUCAUUUUAUUUAAUUUUUUACCAUUUUCCAAACCCCACCUGCAGUGUACAUAAAAUUGGUUUGGGGUGAAAUGGUAGUAAAAGGGGUGUUGUGUCUCGAUUAGGGAUUGAGCCUAUGGAUAGCCAUAUUGGUUUAAAAUCACAGUGCCUAUAUACUUUUCCCAUUUGUCCUCUGCAAGUUGAUUGAUUAAUGUUCUGUCUGUGUCCUUUUAGCAAUCAAGGGAUGUGAAUGUCAAUCGAACGGCUGCCCUUCAUUGUCUCCCAGCACUACUUUGUGAAAAUGACUCAGAGGUGUUCAAAACCUGCAAGGUUGGUUAAUAUACUUACAGGGUUAUUACAGAGUUUAAGACUGCUCCUUUUAAUAUUGACUUGCCUUGCCUAGAAAUCCCAACACAUCUUCCACAUUGGUUGAUCUGUACACUCUUCCGGUUGUCAUACUGUAGGAACGUGAGUCAAGAAAUCCUGGUGUCCUCAUUGGUCCAGUCUGCAAACUUGCUAUCAUCUCCGAUGAAGAUGCAGUCUCCCUUCAGCCACACUGGACCAUCAUCCUCGAAGAUAGAGUGGUGAUGCACAGCUUCCAAUCCUGGCCAGAUGCUUUUCCCGCUCUUUUUGGCCUGGUUUAUGCUCUACAUCUGGAUUACUCAAAUGUGCCU